UUUAACACUCCGUCAACAAACAGCAUCCACAUGCCGAAAAUGAAAUUAUAAAUAUUUGUAUUAUGACCAAAUGAUAUGAAACAGUAAUUAUAUUGUGAGCUUGUAUUGAUAUUUAAAGUUUAAAUACUGUUGGGAACAUGGUAUAAAGUCUGUUUCUCGGUUCGGCCAUGACAAGGUGGCUGAGUUAAAGGUCGUGUCUCUGAGCACAUGUGUGACAGAUGUGGAGGACAGGUCGUGUCCUGAGUGUGGGGCUGGCGGGCAGAGGAGCUGCCAGACUGUGUUCCAGCAACCCACCAAAACCUUCAUCCUCCUCGUCAUCCUCCAGACGGACCCAAGCAGAGAAACACAAGCGUAAAAGAGAGCGGGAGGAGGCCAUACUGUCAGGUCAACACAGUGCUUCUGGAGGUGAAACAGUGAAAUGGAGCGAGAAGCCGAGGAUCGAGUACACUGCUCACACACCUCCUGGUACAAAGAAAGACACCAGCUUGCCGUUCCCAUCCUCGUACAGUCCCGAUUAUGUGGAGUCCAGCUGGUAUCAGUGGUGGGAGAAGGAGGGAUUUUUUCGUCCUGAGCAACAUGAGACGUUACCUCACAGCGUGGAUCAGACCUUCUCUCUGUGUAUCCCUCCGCCAAAUGUGACCGGUACUCUGCACCUGGGCCACGCUCUCACUGUAGCUGUGGAGGAUGCUCUGGUUCGACGGAGGAGGAUGCAGGGCUACAGAGUGCUGUGGCUGCCUGGAUGUGACCAUGCAGGCAUUGCAACACAGACGGUGGUGGAGAGGAGACUGCUGAGGGAGCAAGGGAAGCGCAGACAGGACUUCACCAGGCAGGAUUUUCUAAGGGAGGUGUGGAAAUGGAAGAACAAGAAAGGAGAUGAGAUCUAUGAGCAGCUGAGGAGGCUUGGAGCUUCUCUGGACUGGAGCAGAGCGUGUUUCACUAUGGAUUCAGCUUUCAGCAGGGCUGUGACUGAGGCCUUCGUCAGGCUAUGUGACUCUGGUCUCAUUUAUCGCUCUGAGGUUUUGGUCAACUGGAGCUGUGCUCUGGAGUCUGCCAUCUCUGAUAUAGAGGUGGACUCAAAGGAGCUGUCUGGGCAGACCAUGCUGCCUGUUCCUGGUUAUGAAAACAAGGUGGAGUUUGGGACAAUGCUUACCUUUGCGUACCCAAUAGAAGGCCACGAUGGAGAGGUGGCAGUGUCCACCACCAGACCUGAGACCAUGCUGGGAGACGUGGCUGUAGCUGUUCACCCUGACGAUCCUCGAUAUCAGGCUCUUCAUGGGAAGCAGUGCAGACAUCCCUUCAUCAACAGACUCCUGCCCAUCAUCACUGAUCCAAUGGUGGAUAUGGAGCUGGGAACAGGUGCAGUGAAGCUGACCCCGGCCCAUGAUCACACUGACUUCCAGCUGGCACAUAAACACUCACUGCCAAGCCUCACUGUGAUUGGAGGAGAUGGGACCAUGACGCCCUCCUGUGGACAGUGGCUAGAGGGAGUGAAGCGUUUCGAUGCCAGACAGCUCGUUGUAGACGCCCUGGUUGAAAAGAAGCUGUUCAGAGGAAAAAAGAGUCAUGCUAUGACUCUACCCAUCUGCAGCCGCUCAGGAGACAUCAUUGAGCCUCUUCUAAAGAAGCAGUGGUUCAUUAGCUGUGAGAAAAUGGCUAAAAAAGCCAUACAGGCUGUGGAGGACGGACAGCUGGAAAUUAUCCCUCACUACUACACCAAGACAUGGAAGAACUGGCUGUCCAACAUCAGUGAUUGGUGUAUUUCCAGGCAGCUUUGGUGGGGUCAUCAAAUCCCUGCUUACCGAGUGGAGCUUCUGAAUUCUACUGACAACCAGGAGGAGUGCUGGAUUUGGGGAAGGAGCGAAGACGAGGCGCGACAAAGAGCUGCUGCAAAAUAUGGGGUCAAGCCAGAAGCCAUCACUUUGACUCAGGACCCUGAUGUCCUGGAUACAUGGUUCUCUUCUGGUCUGUUUCCCUUCGCAAUGCUUGGCUGGCCUGAGCAGACCGCUGACCUUCAGAGCUUCUACCCCAAUUCCAUUCUGGAGACAGGCAGUGACCUCAUCUUCUUUUGGGUGGCAAGGAUGGUGAUGCUGGGCACAGAGCUGACAAGACAGCUUCCCUUUAAACAGGUUCUCUUUCACCCUCUGGUGAGAGAUAAACAUGGCAGGAAGAUGAGUAAAUCUCUAGGAAAUGUCAUCGACCCGUUAGAUGUCAUACAUGGAGUCUCUCUGGAGAAACUUCAAGAGAGAGUGAGUGAGGGAAACCUUGACCCCAGGGAGCAGCUGGUUGCCAUGGAAGCACAGAGAAAAGACUUCCCCACAGGGAUCCCUCAGUGUGGGACUGAUGCUCUGAGACUGGCCCUCUGCUCACACAAGAUGCAGGGAGAGGACAUCAAUCUUUCCAUUUCUGAGGUCCUGAGCUUCAGACACUUCUGUAAUAAAAUGUGGCAGACGCUCAGGUUCACACUGGGAGCGCUGGGUGACAGCACAACACCAGUAGCAACACUGCAGGAGACGAUGGCUCUGAGCAGCAUGGACCGGUGGAUCUGCUCCAGACUCUACAGCACAGUGGUUCAGUGUGAGCAGGCCUUUGAAGCCUACGAGCUGCGGACUGUCACAUUUGCCCUGUACACCUUCUGGGUACACAGCCUGUGUGAUGUCUACUUGGAGUGUGUGAAGCCUGUGCUGGCCCCGCAGGAUGGGGGGGCAGUGGUCCAGCCUGACACAGAGCACAGUGUUAGAGCGAGGCAGGUGGCCAGGAGUGUCCUCUAUCACUGUGUGUCUAUGUGUCUGGCCCUGCUGUCCCCCUUCAUGCCUUUCAUCACUGAGGAGCUGUGGCAGAGACUCCAGCCAUUCAGACCUGGAGCUGCUGCCCACACCACGCUGUGUUUACAGCCGUACCCCUGCUCCUCUCAGCUGGCACACUGGCAUUUCCCUGAAGAGGAAAGAGACUUCUCGCUGGUACAGGAAGUGAUCCGGGUGGCCCGUUUGCUACGAGCCCAGUGUGGCAUGAAAAAAGAAAAACCGGCCUUGUGGAUAGUGUGUUCACCCAGCCAGGCCCACGUCCUCCUUCACUUUGAAUUAGCGGUUUGGACUUUAAGUCGGAUCUCCAGCCUCCAAAUCUGCUGUCCUGAUGGAGCAGAUGACCUCCCAUCUGUCCACUCCACUGCUCCACCUCAAGGAACCCUCAUCGGUGUGGUGGACCAGACAUGCCAGAUACACCUUGAAGUUCAGAGUGGAAUGAACAUCGACAAACUGAUUGUGGAGCUUUCCCAGCGCAGGGACAAGCUUGUUCCAAAGCUGGAGAAAAUCCUCAGCAGGGUGCAGUCUCCAGACUACCUGACCAAGACUCCUGCUCAGACCAGACAGAAGAUCGACGCUAAGAUGUCAGCCUUGCAGCAGGAAUUGGAGAUCACUGAGGAGCGGCUGAAGGUGCUGGAGGAGAGUCAAACAGCAGAAUAACUACAGCCAACAGGCAGUACAGGAAUUGUGUGGACUCCUGGACUCCUGGAAUCACAAGUGAUUAAUCUGAUGAAUUAUUUAUAGUGUUUUCUGAGCUGGAGAUCACUACACUGCUUGAAUAAUAAUGUUAUCAUUGUGUUGUUUACAUGAUGCAGUACUUCACUGUCAGACAGUGAUACUGCAUUACUGUAUUAAUAACUCACCUGCAGAUUGAGUUGUGGAUGGCUGCAGGUGUCCAUGUAGAGGUUCUGUUUUAUAAUGCAAAGAUGGUAUGAUGGAUAUAUUGAGGCUCUUAAAGGCCAUGACACCUUGUGUGAUUACUAAAUGUUUUUUCUUUCAUAUUAAUUAUAGUUUUUAAAAUGAAUGUGUCUUUUCCUUAACUUCACCAAAGGUGUUUCCUUGUUGGGAAUGUCAGAAUAUAAAUACCUCUAAGAAUCAAGGUCCAACAUAGCAGGUUGAAGUUUCUGUAAAUACAGGCCUAGUUAUGUGGAAAAUUUCAAGUCAAGCUGAAUGAUGAUGAUGUAGACUGGACAUAGCUGUGCCAACACAGGCAGCUAAUAUGUCAUCAAAUCCAUCAGUGCUGGUGCUCUAAGAUUAUAGACAAUAAGACUGAUUGUCUGUCAUAAUUGAACAGACCAUAGACAAAAUAUUGGAUUCAAUGUUCAAAGGAAAAGCUUUUUUUUUUGUAAAUAUACUCUCAUUCUGAAUUUGAUGCCUGCAACACAUUUCAAAAAAGUUGGAACAGGAGCAUGUUUCCCACUGUGUGGCAUCAUGUUUUCUGUUAACAACACUCAGUCAGUGUUUGGGAACUGAGGACACUAAUCAGUAAAGUUUUGAAAGUGAAAUUCUUUCCCUUUUUUGUUUGAUAUACAACUUCAAUUACGCAACAUUUUGGGGUUUCUGUUGCUCUUUUUUGUGCUUCAUAAUGCUCCACAUGUUCACUGUGUGGGUUCUCUUCGGGUUUGCCGGCUUUGUCCCUCAUUCCAAAGAUCUGCAGGUCAGGUUAAUUGGUGACUCUAAAUUGCCUCUAGGUGUGAAUUUGAGAGUGAAAGGUUGUCUGUCUAUAUGUGUUGGCCCUGUGAUAGUCUGGCGACCUGGUGUAACUCCUCCUCAUGCACAAUGACAGCUGGGAUUGGCUCCAGCCCCCCCGUGACCCUUGCGAGGACAAGUGGUUACAGACAAUGAAUGAAUGAAUGUUUACUGGGAGACAGGUCUGGACUGCACAGGCAGUGCUGGCUGGUCUCUGGCUUUUACUACAAAGCCACGCUGUUGGAACACAUGCAGAAUGUGUCUCAUUGUCUUGCUGGAAUAACAAUGGACGUUCCUAAAACAAUGUUGUCUGGAUGGCAGCAUAUGUUGCUCCAAAACCUGUGUGUACCUUUCAGCAUUCAUGGUGCCUUCACAGAUGUAAAGUCCCCCACCCCCCCAUUUUACCGAGCCACUAACAGUCUGGAUGGCCCUUUUUCUCUUUAGCCCAGAAGAGGCCACAUCCAUGACUUCCAACAGUUGGGGAUGUGAACUCCUCAGACUACAGCACACUUUUACACUUUGUGUCAGUCCGUCUCAGAUGAGUUCAGAAAAGUCUGCAGUGUUUCUGGAUGUCAGUGAUAUCUGGCUUUCACUUUGCAUGGUAAAGUUUGAAUUUGCAUUUGCAGAUGUAGUGAUGAACUGUGUUUACUGACAAUGGUUUUCCAAAGUGUUCUUGAGCCCAUGCAGUAAUAUCCUUUAAACUUUCAUGUUAGUUUUUAAUGCAUGGCAUCCUAUGGGAUCAAAGGUCAUAGCCAGUCAAUGUUGAUUUUCAGCUUUGCCCCUUAUGUGAAGAGAUUUGGAUUCUCUUUUGACGAUAUUAGAGAUUGUAGAUGGGGAAAAUUUUAAACUAUCUGCAAUUAUACGUUGAAAGAAAGAAGAAACUUUGUUCUUUAACUGUUGAACUUUUUAGCCACACAAUUUUUCACAAACUGGUGAACCUUGUGCCAUACUUGCUUGUGAACAACUGAGCCAUUUGAGGAUGCCCCUUUCAUACCAAGUCAUUAUGCUGUCAUUGGUUAACAGUUAACCUGUUUACCUAUAGAAAGUUGUCCCAAAUUUUUUGGAGGUUGUUGCAGCCAUCAAAUUCAAAAUGAAUGUGUAUUUACAAAAACAAUAACAUCUAUCAGUUUGAAUAUCAAAUACCAUGCCUCUGCUGUAUCCAAUUAAAUAUGGGUCUAUUCAUGUUUUACACAGCGUCCCACCUUUUUGGAAUAGGGGUUGUAUUUAUCUUUCUGUGGUAGAAGGUGCAGUUUGGACAGAAGAUUUUUCAGUUUGCAAUGGAAGAUGUGACAUGAUGACAGCGGGGAUUUGCAUUAAUGUAGGUGAUGACAAAAGCCUGGACCAGAAACUGCACUGCUUCCUUGGUGAAGAAUUGACGUGGACUCCUGAUGUUGUGGCAAAUGAAUCUGCAGGUGCGUGCUGUCGCAGAGAUGUUGGAAGUGAAUGACGGCUGGUCAUCCAAAGUCACAUGCAGGUUCCUUGUGGUCCAAGUCGGGACUCCACAGAGUUCUCAGCGGAGAUGGAGAGGUCAUGGAUGGGAGAGGCCUUACCUGGAAAUAAGAGAAGCUCAGUCUUAUCAAAGUUGAGUUUCUGAUGGUUUGCAUGCACUCACUGAGAGAUGUCAUCCAGAUAAGCAGAGAUAGUCUGUCAUUUGGGUUUCUAUGAGCCAAAUAUACAUCAAAUAAAUGUAACAGAACAAAAUCACAACUAAGAAAAGUAAGCGCAUAAUGUUCAAGUCAACUAUGUAUUAAACACUGUGCAAUGACAGUACCCAGCAGUCAGUGUUAAUUUGUAUUCCAAAUAGAUAAUGUUAAACACUGUAUAACAAGGGGCUGUGUUAUCCUUGUAUUCAUUCAUGCUAAUGGGUAGAGGUCAGUUAUAAAGGGGAGACAGUGGAUGGUUUGCACAUUUCACUCUUUCACAUAUUUCUCUAGCAUGGCUUAUGUUAAAAGCAGCAAAUGAAAGGUUAUGGUCUCUGUUGUAAAUAAAUAAGAUUCAGUUUACACA